AGGAAUCGGAUGGCUGAGGGGAAGAAACUGUUCCUGAAUCGCUUAAUGGUAACAGUGAGAAAAGGGCAGUUUGUUUAGUGACCUCCUCUUCACCACCAACUCAAGAGUCCAGGUUGUAAUCAAGGCUGGAUCCAGCUUUUUGAUGGGUUUAUUUAGUCUUCUUGCAUCACCAGCACCGAUGCUGCUCUGCUCCCCCACAAAAAGCCGCGAAGGAGAUAGUUUGUAUCGGAAAUGUCAGUUAUAAUCGAUAUUAGUACCCAGCUGGAAGCCCGCGAGGCGUUUAUUCGUUAUUUAAUGGUUGUUGCUAAUUACUUUGAGAAGCUGCAAUCCCUAUGGCGGGAGAUCAAUGUAAUUUUUAAAGUGAGAUUACAACCAGUUUGCGCUGUGAAUGAGCCACCGCUUUUUCAAACUCCGAACAGUCGAUGCACUGCCGCUCGGCCACCCACUCCACUUCCCUCGGCACCCAGGUCAGUUAUUAUUCGGCCAUCCGCGGGUUAACUCCCGAGACAUGGAGUCGGUGUUCGUGACGGUCGGAACCACGAGCUUCGACGACCUUAUCGAGGAAAUUUCCUCGGAAAAGAUCAUUCAGAUUCUUCAAGAACUGGGCUACCGGAGGCUGGUUCUUCAGAUUGGUCGUGGAUCUAUUGAGCCAAAGCCUUAUGUUGGAACAAAUUUUACUCUUGAAAUUUAUAGGUUCAAGGAUACCAUAGCAGAUGACAUUCAGAAUGCUACACUUGUCAUUAGUCAUGCCGGUGCUGGAAGUUGUCUUGAAAUUCUUGAAGCAGGAAAGCCCCUCAUAGUUGUUAUUAAUGAGAAGUUGAUGAACAAUCACCAGCUGGAACUGGCCAAACAGCUGUACUGUGAUGGACAUCUCCUAUACUGUACUUGCAGCACACUUUGUAAAACGUUACAGAAAUUGGACUGCACAUCCCUGAAACCAUUUCCUUCAGGGCAAACAGAAAAAUUUGCGUCGUUUCUGGAUAAAAUUUUGGGAUUCCAGUGACCUAAAUAUUGUAGUUAUUUUUUUAAAUGGGCUCUUUUUUAUAUCUGGAAUUCCAACCUUCAUGUGGUCACAAACUGGAGUUUGAAAUAUAAUCAAGGAUCAACUUGAUUCACCAUACAUGUAUUGGGAACUCACUGUGGUGUGUUGGUGCGAUAUGAAACAAAAACAUCAACAAUUACAAGGAAUAAACAAUUAUAUUAAAAAGUUGGAGGUAUUUUUAAUGUAAUUUAAUGAAGUCUGCCAAUGUAUUUUUAAAUUAAUUUUAAACAGAACCAGGGAAGGAAUUUGUUCUCUAGAAAUCUACAAUAUUGAUUUGUGUUGGUCAGUGCAAUAAAUGUGUUUUCUCACCUUGCUGUUUGCCAGCUUUAUGUUUCACCAUUUCAUUUCAAUAUUUAUUUGUGUAUCUGUUAACUAGAAAAUAUUUAGGCAAGAGUUUGGUUUAAAUACAAAGGUUUGCUUACUAAAUGUUCUUCAACUCUUUUUUACCUUCUGAAACCAUCAUUGCUGGAGUACAUUUUAGUAAGCAAUGCUCAAAUAUCUCCACCCAUAUCAGCCUGACUGGGACUCUCCGCUAGUCAAUUCCAAGCAGCAGUUGAAUCUGACCCUAAUGGUCACUGAUGUGUGAUAUUAUCAUGGGUAACAGAGACCUGCUAGCUGAUUUUAUUUCUUCAUUAAGCUCCGAAUGCUAAGUCAAAAGUGAGGUAAAUUGACAAAUAAUACACUUGGCAUUCAAGUAAAGAUCAAAUGAUAUAGGUUAUAUUAUUCUUAAAAUGGAGUACAGAAGUACUGUACUUAAAUCUCAGGAUUAGUAUUCAGAAGUGUAGAUCAUCAAUAGAGAUGAAUUCGAUACCAAGUUCAAUCAUUUAAGUAAUUUUGCUAUGAAAUAAGCCUGUUAGCCAAAAAGCUAUUUGAUUCUUGUAAAACAAGAGAAGAUCUGCAGAUGCUGGAAAUCCAAGCAACACGCACAAUAUGCUGGAGGAACUCAGCAGGCCAGGCAGCAUCUAUGGAAAAAAGUACAGUCGAUGUUUUGGGCUGAAACCCUUUGGUAGGACUGGAGAAAAAUGAUGAGUAGAUUUAAAAGAUGGGCAGAGGGGAGAGAGAAGCACAAGGUGAUAAGUGAAACCUGAGGGAGGAGGGAUGAUGUAAAGAGCUAUGAAGGCCAUGGAAGAAAUAAAAGGGGGGAGGAGCACCAGAGGGAGGUGAUAGGCAGGCAAGAUCAGGCAAAAGGGGGAAAAGGGGAUGGGAAAUGGUGGAGUAGGGGGGUGGGGGGUAU